AUGAGGCAAGAUGAGUAUCAUAUAAAGCAAAGGAUUUUUUCAAUCUCAAAAGCAGCUAUAACAAUGAUCAAGAUAAAAACCGAGCACAAAGUGGUGAAGGCAAGAACCCCGAAAAAAAUGAAACCUGGAAUGGCCCGUUUCAGAAUUCAAGCCGUUCCCAUCAUCAACCAAAACAACAACGCCUACCUGUCAGAGAUCAGCUUCGAAGAAAAGUUAGAACCAGUUCCGCCGAUGUAUCCUGAACUACAAAAAGUCCUUGAUUACAUUCACUCACGCAAAGUCCCCUUCGACGGAUCAUCGGGGCCAUACCCUCCCUCGAGCAGACGACAAGUGGUCAACGGUUAUGUCGCAUUUAAGCUAUAUCACCACGUUCCACACACUGACCUUAGCGCAAUUGAUAUCACCCACCUCCUCCAAGGUCCUUGGAGAGCUUGCCCUGAUAGACACAUCUGGACCAAGUACGCUGAUCACUACCGUUCUAGAGGGCGUGACGUCGCAUUCAAGACAUGGCUUCUGUCUGUUACUAGUCCUGCUCCUGAGAAGGGGCUAAUUAUUCAGCCUCAAACUCAGAGCGAGCAGGGGUACAACUUCUCAUCUUCCUCUGAUUUUUCAAGUUCUCCAGAACACAGUGAAACACUCCCUGUGUCAUCUGGAGAGCCCAGUACACCUGUUGACCCCUUCCUGAUCGAGUUUGAUCAAGGCAUCGCGGAGAAAGAGGCCAGCUUCACAAGUCCUUGCAACCAAAACUAUGACUUGGAUUUCAGCCAGCUUCAGCCUCUAAGUAUUCGCGUCCCUUAUUUUAACCAGUACGCUUCUUCCAGUAACUCUGGAUUGGAUGUUGACUACUUUGACGGUAGCACCCUAGACACUCCUAGCUACAUCGACACUUUCAUCACACCAUUGCACUAG